AUGGGAGUCGAUCUAGACGACAUAAAACCGUCCUACAGAACAUUAACCGGCUUCAACGGAUCCUCUGAAACAAUACUGGGAACAAUCCGUCUUCCGGUACGCACAUGUGGAGUCACUCGAACUGUUAAGUUUGCUGUUGUAAGCACGAAGGCCCCUUACCACGCUAUACUUGGAACCCCCUGGAUGCACUCAAUGCAGGCUAUUCCAUCUAGUUAUCAUCAGUGUGUCAAGUUCCCUGGUACUGACGGAAAAAUCAAAACAUUACGAGGAUAUCAAAAAGCCGCUAGGGGGCUCCUAGUCGCCACAGUCAAACUCCAACGAUUGUCUCUAUCCAUUAACUCUAUUUCUCCUCCAACCACUAAAGUCUGCUCCCAGGAAGGCGAAGUUCUCGAGUUACCUAUUGACGAUACCGAUCCAAGCCGGACCGCAAGAAUUGGUGCAUAUCUCUCUGAGGAUAUGCGGCAGUCAGUUCUCAACUUCCUCAAGAAGAAUGUGUCCACAUUCGCGUGGUCAAAGGCUAUAAACGAAGAGGUCGACCGGUUACUCGGCGCUGGCUCAAUUGCUGAGGUGCGCUACCCCGAGUGGUUAGCAAAUCUAGUAGUCAUUAAGAAGAAGAACGAGAAGUGGCGCGUUUGCGUCGACUUCACUGACUUAAAUAAAGUCUGCCCAAAGGACAGCUAUCCUCUCCCCAACAUCGACCGUUUAGCCGAGUCCGCAGCUGGAAACGAGAUGCUCACCUUCAUGGACGCUUUCUCCGGGUACAACCAAAUCAUGAUGCACCCCGACGAUCACGAGAAGACGGCCUUUAUCACAGAUAGAGGAACCUACUGCUAUAAGGUCAUGCCAUUCGGCUUGAAGAACGCAUGA